AUGCCGACGAUGAUGAUGAUCAUGUUCAUGGUGAUGAUGAUGGUGAUGAUGAUGAUGAUGAUUGAUGACAACGAUGAUGUCGAUGAUGAUAUUUUUGUUGUUGAUGAGGCCUCGGAGGAGCAGGAGGAGGACGAGGACCAGGACCAGCACCAGCACCAGGACCAGCAUGGCGACACAUUAAGUAUGGCCAAGUUUGAGCAGCUAACACUGGUAACGGCCUUGGAGGGGGUGAUGAGAACGCAUGUCUUCUGCCACAGAACGUUCUCGCCCCGCGAUCCCAUCAGAGGAGUGACGUCCAUCAAAGAUCGCACUGGUUCGAUGAAAAGCAUCCGCGUGCCCUCGCGUGACCUCGCCUCGCUGCUUCCGCCCUUCGGGAACCAGAGCAUGAUGGACUCCCCGACACGGCGGGAGAAGUCUGACACUUCUGCCAGCGCCGGAAAGCAUAUGUUCCUGACUCGUGGAGAGGCCGCGCGCUCUGGAGAGAUGAGCAUUGACCAGGACCUCAUUCCACGGCCCACUUGGACGAGAAUUGGCUUGAAGAGCGUCCCGAAGGCUCUCACCGCGAAGAAGUCCAGCGUAGCAAGUUUGGAGGAGUCUUCCUUUUCGGCGCCUUGUGUCAGCGAGACAGUCGAGGAGGAGGAAAAGGCUCGAGUCUUGCAUCCUGGAGGCUUUGUGCGAACUGUUUGGGAAAUUGUCACAGUGAUGUGGCUGCUGCACGAUGUCGUGUUUAUUCCGCUGCAGUUCUUCGACCUCCCUGAGUCAGAAAUUCUGAACGUACUGUCAUGGUCGACGAUUGCGUUCUGGAGCAUCGACAUCCUGAUGUCUUUCCGCACGGGAGUCUACAACAAGGGAGUGCUGGUGAUGGAUGCAGCGGCUGUGGCACGGAAAUAUGCGCGUACGUGGCUGCCGGUGGAUGUCAUGCUUGUCUCCAUAGAUUGGAUUGCACUGGCCUUUGAAGGCAGUCGGGGACAGCACGAGGGCACCAAUGUCCUUUGGAUUCUCCGCCUGCUGCGCCUGGUGCGCGUCGUCCGCCUGGGCAAAAUGAGCCGGACAGCUUUGGUGCUGCAGGAAGCCAUGCAAGGCUGGGCCGUGAACGUCCAGUUCAGCGUGGCCAUGAACAUUAUCCGGCUCUUGCUUUUGAAUCAUAUGAUUGCCUGUGCUUGGUGGGGUUUUUCCCACAUUGGCGGCAAGGCAGACGGGUGGUCCACCAAGUACGGGGUGGAGGAAGAAGACAGGCUGUAUGGCUAUUUGACAAGUCUACACUGGGCUAUCGCACAGCUUGGGGUGGGGGCCACUGAGGUCGAGGCGACGAACUUGCCCGAACGCAUCUUCAGUAUUUUCGUUGCCCUCAUUUCGCUGAUCACUUUCUCCACCAUGGUGUCGUCAAUGACGUCCAUGAUGACCGCUUAUUCCAGAAGCAAGGAGGAGGAAGCGCGCCAUUUCAGUCUGUUGCAACGCUACCUGCUGCACAACAAGGUUUCCACGAACCUGAGCCAGCGAAUUACGAAGUUCUUGCAGCAUGCCUACAUGGCCCAGCACAAGGCGUCCUCACAGGACAUGCAUGUGCCCUUGCUGGACAUGCUGUCACGUCCGCUGAUGAAUGAGUUGCAGCUGGAAAAAUUUCAGAAGGACAUGGAGAGGUUGCCCUUCCUGAAAGCCAUCUUGAGUUGGCACAACGUGCAGACGGUGGACAGUAUGCGAAACUUGGCGAGGUCCUCGUUUACAGUAUGUACAGUUGCCACCAAGGAUGUUAUCUUCUGCUGCGGCGUCGAGGCGUUGGCAGCAUAUUUACCCAUCACUGGAGACGUCUCCUACAUACAGGAUGGGAGGCCAGCCGAACCGUGCCUUCAUGUUUGGACGGCAGAGAUGUCCCUUUGGACGGAGUGGUAUUUCCUGGGCGACCUCAUCGCAACGGAUGUGUCGCGGAUUUUGAUGCUGGACAUGGAGAGCUUCUGCCGAACCAUCGCCUCCAACCCGCUGAUGCACGGCCUGGCGGUGCAAUAUGCGAAGGAGUACACCAACAAUCUGCGACGUGAGGCAGACGGGACAGACAUCUCGGACACCUGGCAGUUUGAGGCCGAGGUCGAAGUUCACGACCUCAUGUUCGGCAGGGGCUUCGCGCCGGAACUGGCUUUCAACACCUUCGGCAGACAACGCGUGAAAGGAAGACAGGGCUCCCAAAACGGUGUGUUGCAGGGCAUGGCGAGGAUGCAGGUGGUGCCGGAUCAGAUCCUGGAGUGA